GCAAUAUGGCCACGUGCUAAGCCGUGCGUGCGGUGUUUACGCGACGACGAAGGCGCGCCCGGAUUUACCGUCGCGCCCGGUGGAAUCGCGGCGCCGGGGGCCGCGACGAUCCGGCGGCCUCGCGAUCUCACGAGCGAUGAACGCGCGCGUAGUGGCCGAGUGUCCGACGUGCCGAGCGUCGCGCGGCUGACAACAAGCAGGAGGAAGAGGAGGAGGAGAAGGAGGAGGCAUGGCGGCCGCCGCGGACGAGACGUCGUCCCGGGCUGUCAGGUGCGCCUACGAGUGCCAGGACACCACCUGCAGCCUCGUCAACACCGGCGGCGGCGACGACGGGGCCGCGGUUCGCUCCGUGCGCAGCUACCGGCCGCACGGCAGCCUCGCCAGGGUGCUCUACGACAAGCGGAAGGCGGACGAGUGGCUCGCCGCGUACGACAAGCGUAAGUGGUACAGGGUAGACAAAACCAAGAUCAGAGAAGAUCUGCUGGAUUCGUGGAUCCCGCUCGGCACCGGUCCCAACGCCGACCAGCCCGACAAAGCCGCCGAAAUUUUCCUCGUGAGAUCCGCGGAGAGAUCCGACUCGCUGCCCUUGCAGGCCUGGCACUCGUUAGCCAGGUCGGCGUUAUCCUGGUUCAUCAGUCGAACGUCCAUAAACGGACUGCUGGGCCGUGGUUCCAUGCACGUGUUCUCCAGCGAGCAAUUUCGAAAGCUAAUGGACGCGAGCGGCUUCACGGGUCCCUGGCAUUCCUUGGUGGACCUCGGGGCAGGUGAUGGUGCAACCACCGCCCACGUGGCUCAUCUCUUCGAGAAGGUGUACGCCACGGAUAUCUCACCCCCCAUGAGGUGGGCUCUGGCGAAGAGAAAAUUCACAGUGUUGGACGUGGAAAGAUGGCAUCAAGAGGCUGGUCCUUACAACGUCAUCCUCUGCCUGAACCUUCUCGAUCGUUGCGACCGUCCAAACACUCUACUAAGGCUAUUGAGGGCCUCACUAGCUCCUGGCGGCAGACUGGUCAUCGCCUUGGUAUUGCCGUUCAGCCCCUAUGUUGAAGUCGGCGAGAGGGGUAACCACAAACCGUCGGAAUAUCUACCGGUACGAGGGAACGGGCUCGAGAUUCAAAUAGCCAGUCUGAUCGACCGGGUCUUCGCCCCGGUGGGUCUGCGAUGCCUCGUCUGGAGCAAACUACCGUACCUGUGUGAGGGCGAUCUAGGACAGUCAUAUUACUUCCUGGAUGACGUGAUCUUCGUGUUGGAGGCGCAGCCAGUUAGUACACGAUCCUGCGAGUUCGUGGUAAACGACGAUGUUUCGCGAAGGAACGUUUAAUGGUGCGAAACCAAAUGGAUUAUUUAUAGUGAAUAUACAGGGACAUGAUAAAGUUUAGAUAGGAAAAGGCGAAGAAAACGAUAGUCAGGCGUGUCUUUCACACUUGUAAAAACUUUAAUAAUUGCUGUCAUGAGUUAGAAUUAUGCGAGAAUACAGAAGAGCAAUACUGGCAAGCGACGACGAGCUUAAUGUGCAGACACAGCGGUUAGCAUUUGGUGUACGAAUAUCGAUUAGCGAUCCGAAUUUAAAAAGGGAACGACGGAUCGACACGGUGCGCAUUUUACAAUCAUUUAUCUUCUUACUGUCGAAUUCGGUGCGAAAACAUGUACACGGUAUCUAUGGUAUAGAUAUGGCGCGAGAGUAACGAGAUCCGGAAACGAAAUCUGUAUUUCUCCCUUUUUUGCCCCUUUCCUGAUGUGUUGUAUGCUCGACUUUGUUCGAGAUCUCUAGAAUCAAAUCUUUUAGCUAAUUAUCUAAACUAGUAGAAAUUAACGGACGGUAUAUACAAAGGAGAAUAUUAAACUAACGCACGUUUUGGCAACAGUUGCAGCAAUUGCAGUAAUAAAAUCGCAAAACGAAUAACGAAAAACGAAUUUUUAGAACGAAUUUUACUAAUUUAAUCUAGAAAUAGAAUAAAAUAUAUAACAACACUAUUAUGUGUGAUAACAAAGUACAGCGAAUAUAAAGCAAAGAAUAAACUGCAACGCUGCAACUUUUGCUGUAAAGAAAUACACGCACAAACUCCUCAUAUAACAAUUGCGCUAUCGUGUUUAAAUCAUUGAUAAGAUAAGACUUAUCUCGGACGCAGUCUCUAACAGUCUUUCUCACAUAUUUUGAAAUUCUAUUUUGAUACAUUUCAAUCAACCUCUUUUUCUCAUCAGACUCUGUUUCCGCGCUCCCUUUUCUCUAUUUGGCAUAAGUUGCAACGACUUAGUCAUGGAUAUGCUUAAUUGCGUUGAUCACACGGACCGACCGAUCGAAAUACAAACGACGUUACGUUUGCAUUUUUUUAAUAAUACAUAAUAUUAUAAGAAAUAAGUCCACCUAGUUAUUGGAAAUACACUUUGGUGUGCAACAAGUUAUCGUCGAAUUAUGAACCAUAUUGCAGCAGCCUUCUUGUCAAUAUAUAUAUAUUAUAUAUGUAUGUCAACAAAAACGCAGUCUAUAGAAGCCGGAUCUGCAUUCGUUAAACAGCUACAAUAGCUGUGAAAAAACAAAUAAAGAAUCAUUGUCGAGAA